AUGAAGUUUACUAUUGCUUCCAUUCUGCUGGCUGCCAGCUCAACUUUUGCUGCUCCUACGAAUGUCGCCCGCAGCAACUCCAUCCAGAUCAGCGAUUUCUGGGCUCGCGCUGGACCUCUCUCCCCCGGUGCAUACAUGCACUUCACCGUCACCGAUCCCAACUACCCCGAUGACACGCCCACGGAUUGCAACCUCAUCUGGACCUAUGGGUGGCUGCCCGAGUCCAAUGCUCGGUGCAACAACGGCGAGUACUACAUCAAGUUCCCUCAAGGGGCUCCCGACUUCAAUCGCUUUACGCUGGAGCUGGAGAGGGUUUCGGGUUCUAUUCCUGAAGAUGGCCAGGUCUUGCUGAGUUCGAAUGCCAAUGGAGAGGCUCCUGGCACUAAGUGGAUUUGCGUGAAUAAUCCCGAUGCCAACACCGAGAUCAGCUGUUCCUAUGAUGGAAUUCUGGAGAUGCAGGUCUAA